AAAGCAUGGCAGGGUGGCUCACACAGCCAGGUUCAAAUUCUGGCUGUGCAGUCACCGGACUUCUUUUGGGAUUCUGGAGGAAGUGUCACAUUGGCUCUGGCAGCCCCGUGGGUUAGGCCAGAUGCUUGGUGAGCUCUGGUGGACAUCUGCAGGGCGGGCCUUUGUUCUCCAGAGGCCGCUAGCUCGCCAACAUCCUUCAUGUUCUCUUGAGCUGUGUGACUAAUUACUGCGGUGAGGGUGCAGAAAUAACUGGGCAUUCUAAAUUGGGGAGAUGAUGCUAGGUCAUGCAAUGUUCAGGUAUGUGCAAAGUUCAGGUAUGCGCAAAAUCACUCUCAAGAAGCUGAUUAAAAAAAAAAAAACUGCCAGUUUUGCUUUGAAUGCAUCGUUAAGUAGGUAGGAUUUUGCCCUUUCCUUGUAACUUGAGGUGAAGCGUACUCAUAUGAUGGGCGAUUAGAUCAGCUCUUCCCUUCCAAGAAAUCUCUGAUGGCAGGAAGCAGAUGCAUGAAAUGCGCUGAACAUGUGAACUGUGUGCAUGACUGGGUGUGUAAAGUUCACUACUUUAACCACAGCCUCCAUUGUGUUUUUCAGAGAUCCUUUCCUUAAACUUGCGGGACAGGUUUUCCUGGUGUAUUACGCAGUGAUGAAAAGAAAUGUGGAAUCUCAAGCUUCUUCAAGUCACUAUUUUUACCUUUUACUUCAGUGUCAUCAGUUGCUUGUAAGUAUCCUCUCCCAAGAGCACCGCACAGCUGAGAUAUCAAGUCUUCAGAUAGUUUCCACAUGUCUUGUAAGUGUUGAGGCUGACACCUGGAACUUGGAGAUCUGUUUAACAAUGUCAUCCUUAUUUUCAAAAUCUGCAAACAGUGACUCAACGGAAUCUACGAAACACAGCUUCAUUAGUUAUCCAUCCGUAAAAGUUUUUUUUUUUUCCCCCUACCUUUAGCGAGCUGCAAUUCUAAAUUAAGCUUUGGUAACAUUAUCACUGUCUUUCACAUGAGCAAGACACUACUGUCCAUGAAAACUUGCAACAAGUUUACACACCUUGUCUUUUCUCAGCUCACUUCCACUUAGGUACGACUCACCAAAGUCGAGGUGACAGGUUUCAUAAUUACGUUGUAAGUCUUCUUUAAAACAGCAAUAGUCUUCUGCCACAACAUACAGAUUGCUUUUCCCUUAACCUCACGAAAAACAAAUUCCAAUUACCAGUUAGGAUUGAAUACUCUAGUUCCGUCUCUGACUAUGUUUGUGCGUUCUUGAUAAUGCCAUGUCAUCCAGUUCUUAGGAAAGUCAAAGAGCACACACUGGUUGAGGGUGCCCAUCACUCACCUGUAUUUCCAAGAGCUAUCCUCCUCAUUGGUAAGGAAAUAGUAGGUAAUCAGUCAAUUAAAAGCAGCCAUCCAAAAUGAAAACAACUGUUGUAUUUUCAUUUUCACAAUGACAUUGGUGUACGAUUUUUCAAAUCAUGUUUUUAUUUUUUUACCCCCUUGAAAACUCAACUUACCAGCUAACCCUCACAACUGGUUUGGUAGAUGAUCUGAUUUGCUUGAAAAUGCCUGAUUCCCCCAUACUAAAGACUCCUAGACUAGAUGAAGCACAUGGUGCCCCUGAAUGUGUGAACCUGUCUAAAUUAAACAAUUAUUAUUAUUAUUUUUAUUAUUAUUAUUAUAUAAUCUUAAGAGUUUUGAUCCCAAUGACCACCUGUACACCCUGAACUGGAUUAAUCCAGCUGUAGUGAGCCUCAAUGCUGACAAGUCGCUGAAGAACAUACUGUCUCUCCUAUGGUUUGAAAGAAACCUGUGAGAUUCUCUGGAGUAUGACUAGAAUUGCAAUAUUUAACAGCAAGCCCAAGGCCUUAUCCUGUAAGGUGGAGCAGAGACCACAGAAUACUAACUAGGCAAUGGAGACUGUCUUGAAACUGCUGUCGCUGUACUUCAAGGAUGACAAAACAAAAGUGAGCAGUGACGCGAUUGUCCUAAUGGCUGAAAUGUUGAAGAUAUUUGUUAAAGAAGCUGCGAUCCGGGCAUCAAAGCAGGCCCAUACCGAAGACUGUGAUUGCGUCCAAGUAGAGCACUUCGAAAAGAUUCUGCCACAGCUGCUUUUAGACUUUUAGCGUCCUUCGCCCACUAGAGAGCACCAUUGUUCUGUCCUCUACCUGCACAGUGGAGUCUGUGCCCCUCAACAUCUUGCAAGCAACUUCUCUUCAUUGUUGUAUGGACUGGAGUAAGGACCUGAAGCAAAAGUUGCCUGAUUUUAUUUUUUCUCUUUGAAUAUUUAAUAACAAUCCUCUGGAUCUUCAAGUUUUUGUAUGGUUUUAAACCGUAAUACAGUAGAGGAAUUUGUGAUUUAAGUUGCCCUGUAAAGGAUAGACAGUCUUUACCACUCGUUAAAGUAACAAAACAAAAAAUAAGCACAUUGGGUAUUUCAUUUAAGGCCUUUUGAGUAGAGCAAGUUUUAUUUUUAUUUCUUGACCUUCUGACUGUAAAAGGUGUUUUUUUUCAUCUUUUGAAAAGAUAGCCAACUGCUUUGGAGUAUAAGUAUUUAAAGGUAGAUUGACCUGUUUUGUUGUUGAUAUAAUAAACAUUGUUUGUUUUUCUAUUA